ACGCGAAAAAGUCAUAGUUGUCCGCCGGUUCUGUACCCGCUUUCUCCUGCUCCAGAAUAAAAUCUCUCCCUUAAACCCACCCCACCCAACCCGGAAGAGAAAAGAAAGAAGAAGCUCACGGAAGGGAACAAUGUGUGGGAUAUUUGCGUAUUUGAAUUACAACGUGAACAAGGAGAGGCGGUAUAUUCUGCAGGUACUCUUCAACGGUCUCAGGCGUUUGGAGUACAGAGGCUACGAUUCCGCCGGCGUUUCCAUCGACUCGUCCUCCUCCGACAGUUCCUCAUCAUCAUCGUCCCAAAAUUAUAUCUUCUGUCCUCCUCCCCUCGUCUUUCGCCGCGAGGGAAACAUCGAGUCUCUCGUCAAAUCCGUCUACCAAGAGGUUUCUGAAACGGAUUUAAAUUUGGAGGAAUCUUUUUCCAUCCAUGCUGGCAUAGCACACACCCGGUGGGCAACUCAUGGAGAGCCUGCCCCACGUAAUAGUCAUCCUCAGAGCUCUGGUGAUGGAAACGAGUUCUUGGUCGUUCAUAAUGGAGUUAUUACUAACUAUGAGGUCUUAAAGGAGACACUAGUCCGACAUGGGUUCACCUUUGAAUCUGAAACAGAUACAGAAGUCAUUCCAAAGCUUGCCAAAUUCGUUUUUGACAAAGCAAAUGAAGAAGAUGACCAGACUGUUACAUUUAGUCAAGUGGUGCUUGAAGUUAUGAGGCAUCUUGAAGGAGCCUAUGCGCUUAUUUUCAAAAGCCGGCAUUAUCCAAAUGAAUUGAUUGCUUGCAAACGCGGCAGCCCAUUGCUCCUAGGUGUCAAGGAAUUAAUGGAAGGCAGGAGCAAUGGAUCAGCAUUUCAUGAUGAAAAAUUCCUGUCAAAGAAUGAUUUCCCCAAAGAACUUUUCUUAUCCAGUGAUGCCAAUGCUCUAGUUGAACACACAAAGAAAGUUUUGGUAAUUGAGGAUGGUGAAGUUGUUCAUCUCAAGGAUGGAGGAGUAUCAAUACUCAAGUUUGAUAAUGACAAGGGAAAACAUGGCCGUUCCCUUUCUAGGCCUGCUUCAGUUCAACGUGCAUUAUCCGUUCUUGAGAUGGAGGUUGAGCAAAUAAAUAAAGGAAAUUAUGAGCAUUAUAUGCAGAAAGAAAUUCAUGAACAACCGGAAUCUUUAAAAACCACGAUGAGGGGGAGACUUAUACGUGGUGGCACCUGCAAAGCCAAGACCGUUCUUUUGGGUGGGCUGAAGGAUCACCUUAAAACAAUUAGGCGAAGUAGGCGGAUUGUUUUUAUUGGUUGUGGAACAAGCUACAAUGCUGCUUUAGCUGCAAGACCCAUCUUGGAAGAACUUUCUGGUGUCCCUGUUACGAUGGAAAUUGCUAGUGAUCUCUUGGAUAGACAAGGACCAAUUUACAGAGAAGAUACAACUGUUUUUGUUAGUCAAUCUGGUGAAACUGCAGAUACUUUGCUUGCAUUGGAAUAUGCUUUAGAAAAUGGUGCAUUAUGUGUUGGCAUAACCAAUACUGUUGGUAGUGCAAUAGCCAGGCAUACACAUUGUGGCAUUCAUAUAAAUGCUGGUUGUGAGAUUGGCGUGGCCAGUACCAAGGCAUACACAAGUCAAAUAGUAGUGAUGGCCAUGUUAGCACUAGCAAUAGGAGGUGAUACAAUUUCCAAUCAAGCAAGAAGAGAGGCUAUAAUAGAUGGCCUAUUUGACUUGCCAAACAAUGUCAGAGAGGUGUUGAAGCUUGACCAAGAAAUGAAGGAUCUUGCAAAACUAUUGGUUGCUGAGCAGUCACUCCUUGUGUUUGGGAGAGGCUACAAUUAUGCAACAGCUCUGGAGGGUGCUUUGAAAGUGAAGGAAGUGGCACUUAUGCAUAGUGAAGGAAUACUUGCUGGUGAAAUGAAACACGGUCCUUUGGCUUUAGUUGAUGAAAAUCUCCCUAUUGUUGUGAUUGCCACCCGUGAUGCUUGCUUCAGCAAGCAGCAGUCUGUCAUUCAGCAACUUCAUGCCCGUAAAGGUCGCCUAAUAGUGAUGUGUUCAAAAGGAGAUGCUAAUGCUGUAGGCCCCGGGGGAUCUUGUCGAGUAAUAGAGGUUCCCCAGGUUGAGGAUUGUCUUCAACCUGUAGUUAAUAUAAUUCCGUUACAGUUGUUGGCUUAUCAUCUCACGGUUUUGAGGGGGUUCAAUGUUGAUCAGCCUCGGAAUCUCGCUAAGAGUGUGACAACCCAGUAAACUUCUACUGACAAACCUAUUGCCUCUUUGGUUGUUACCCUUCAUGAGAAUAAUCAGGAUCUCAGCUGAUUAUAGAUAUAUACAUAUAUUCUUUGGCUCUAUGACCUCCUCAGAUGUGGUUUCUGGUAUUUAUGCUGGGGUCGUACCAGAGCAUUGUAAAUGAUCACAAAUUAGGAAAUUGCUGACUCCCCCCGACUCGUUUGUUUUGUGAAGCUUUGUUGAAUGUGCCUUGUGCGCAUGUUUAAAAAGUAUUGCUUCGAUUAUGUUUUCUAUUUAAA